AUGUGCGAAGAAGCAGGCAUCAAGAGGCGAGCUGCCGACGAGCUAGCAUUCAGGGGCCUAGAUAUUAAGCGAACUACCUUGGUGGCGGUGGGCGCGCAGCCGGCGUCGCCAAAGGACAAGAGCACAUCGAGGAGCGCGCCCGCGGACGGCUGGCCGGACCUGACGCCGGAGCACUGCGCGCACUUUCGCGGCGACUAUGCGCUGCAGGUCCUGCGUCAUCUGCCCUACCUUGGCGGCCGGCCACCGCAGCACCUGCACUACCAAUGCGAGGUUGUCGACUACACGGCCGUCGACCGCGCCUGGUUCGUCGAGCACCACAUGGACGGCGACACCGACGAGUGGUGGUCGACGCUCAGCCAGGUUACAGCCUCUUCUCCCAUUAGUGUUUCCAACUGCGCGUCUGAUGCCUCCUGUAAGCCCCUCGAGAACAGUGGCAGUGGCACGGCGUCCGCCUGCGCUGGAUAG